AUGCAGGCCGUGAACGCAUGGCAAGGUCCUGGGGAGGCCGCAUUCGACUUUCGAAGUGAUGUCAUGACAAGGCCAACACCUUCGAUGCUCGACGCCAUCACAAACACAUCGUUGGGUGAUGACGUUCUCCAAGAAGAUGCAGUGACCGUUUCUCUAGAACAGUCCAUAGCCGAACUGGCGAAUCACGAAAGUGCUCUACUGGUGAUGUCCGGGACCAUGGGGAAUCAAGUUGGCAUCCGAACACACCUCACACAGCCGCCUUAUGCAGUGUUGUGUGACCAUCGCGCUCACAUUAUCAACUACGAGGGUGGAGGUGUAUCGACAUGGACCGGCGCCUAUGUCAAGGGCAUCGUACCUAAGAAUGGAAGGUAUCUAACAUUGGAAGACAUCAAACCACAUGCGGUUUUAGGUGACGAUAUUCAUGGCUGUCCAACGCGACUUAUCAGUCUUGAAAAUACCCUAGAUGGCAUGAUAAUGCCGCUCGAUGAGAUGAAACGGAUCUCCAAAUGGGCACAUGAAAGCGGAUUGAAAGUCCACCUUGAUGGGGCCAGAUUAUGGGAAGCAGUUGUUGCUGGGGCCGGCAGCAUCUCGAGCUUUACAUCGCUGGUUGACAGUGUCAGUCUUUGCUUUUCAAAGGGCCUUGGUGCCCCGAUCGGGAGUAUCUUGGUAGGCUCGAAGGAAUAUAUCAAAAAAGCCCGCUGGUUUAGGAAGUCCAUUGGCGGAGGAACGAGGCAGUCUGGUGUCAUUUCUGCUGCUGCCCGAGUCGCGGUCAAUGAGACUUUUGGCAGUGGUCAGAACGGCGAGGGAAGCCUGCUUCUGAAUAGCCAUUUGAUGGCGAAGAAGAUUGCAACGAUGUGGACAGAAAAGGGCGGCAAGCUGAAUAACCCCGUGGAGACCAAUAUGGUAUGGCUCGACCUCGAUGCGGCUGGGGUGUCAAACGAUGACUGGGUAGAAAUUGGACGACAGCAUGGCUUGAAACUUAUGGGCGGCAGGAUGGUGGUACAUUACCAAAUAAGCCUCGAGGCCUUGGACAAGUUAGACAAAGCUAUGGACCUGGCAAUGAGCGGUAAAUUUACUUCGACUACUACGAGUGAGAAGAAUGGGCAGUAUUGUGGGCAGACAUGA